AUGGUUAAUCAUAUUGUUGCUGCAACUGAUUUAUCUCCCAUAAAAAUGGGAAACAGACGGAUUAUCGAUGCUUUGUUAUCCUCUUCAGAUGAAGAAGAUUUUUUUGUGCAUCGAAGAAAGUGUAUAGGAAGUCCUACGCAUAUACGACAUGAACUUGAGCAUCGAAGAGAACACUGGGGACUUCAGUGGUGUCAUCAAGACAAGUGCACACAGAAUAGUACAUGCAGUUACUGCUGCAAUUGCUCGACUUCAGCCACUUUACAUAAAGUUUCCUACAAUGCCGAAGGAGGUGGAAACGAUGCUGAAGUUUUUAGAAAUCGAAAAGGGUAUUUUUCGAUAAAUGUGCAAGCUGUUUGCAAUGCAAAUUUAGAAUUUUCCGACAUUGUAGCGCGCUGGCCAGGAUCGGUUCAUGAUUGCAACAUAUUUAAUAACUCUAGAAUACGUACCUUAUUCGAAGCUAAUACAUUUGGAGAUGGAUUAUUAGUUGGCGACAGCGGAUACCAACUGCGAUCAUAUGUAAUGACACCGUUGGGUAAUCCAAGAACUCGCUCCGAACAACUGUAUAAUGAAUCGCUGAUUAGAACUCGAAAUACUAUUGAAGGAACAUUUGGAGUGUGGAAGAGAAGGUUUCCAGUCUUAGCUCUUGGAUCCAGAUUUCAGAAAACGGAUACAUUAUUAGCUGUGAUAGUAGCUACUGCAGUAUUGCACAACAUUGCCAGACAUGCUGGUGAACUUUUGCCACCAGGCGAUCCGGCACUUCAACUGCCCGCACCAUGGGAACACAUUUUGAAAGAAGGUAUAAUAAGACACGAAUUAAACAGGCCACAUCGAAAUAGGGUACAAAACCAUGUGCAAAAUGCAUUAAUAAAUGGUUACUUCCAAAGGUUGGUGCGAACUCGCUCGAUUUUAUUUUUAUUUAUUUUUAAUCAUUGCUAGCGUUGAAACCUUUUGUAAUGUUCAUGUG